CUCUGACUCUCAACUUCCCUUUGCCGAGUGCAGGACCCACCUCUGAUGUUCAGUGAGGAGUACCAGAAGAGUCUGCUUGAGCAGUACCAUUUGGUUCUGGAUCAGAAGCGCAAAGAAUAUGUGGUCGGAGAGCUCAUCUGGAAUUUUGCCGAUUUCAUGACUAACCAGUCACCCUCGAGAGCCAUUGGGAACAGAAAAGGAAUCUUCACCCGGCAGAGACAACCCAAAAGUGCCGCGUUUCUCCUGCGGGAGCGGUACUGGAGGCUUGCCAACCAGACCAGGAAGGGACGCUGGCUGCCCCAAACAGAGUACAUGCCUCCUGGGCUGUCCAUGGUACCAGAAGGCUUCUGGUCUGGAUUUUGUGGUAAUCUCCCAGAAGGGGGGUGCCAAAGGUGAUAAUACGGCUUUUCUGGUAUGGGAAUAAAGAGUUGGCAUGCCUUAAACAGAAUGCUUGUCCUGGUGGAAAACACAUGGACUCUCUUUUGUGUGCCAGGCUGCUUCCAAAGCCUGAGCUGUAUGCAGACCUGAGAACCUGGUGCCCUAGCACCCACACCAGGCUGUUUGCAGACCUACCAUGGCCCCAGCACUGCGCUCUGGUAUGAAAGCAGGCCAGCCUUGACUCAGAAAGACUUUCAUUGCCAUAGUCUCACAGGUACUGACAUACUUAUAGAAGUGCUGUCGUGUCACUGUCACUCACAAGGUUGAUGCCACAAACUCCAUAGUUAGGACAAAAAAGAAAGGUUUAAGCAUUGAUGACUACCUGACUUGGAGCUCUGAGGUAACCGGUCUCCUGGGACGUUGUCCCAAUCUCACCUGUAGUCUUGAUGAUAUUAUAGUAGCCUGUGGGUUCUAUCACAGCUGAUAUCACGCAACGUGACAUACCUCUAAGCAAGUUGGGUCUGUGAGUGAGCACUCCGUGCCUUCGCAACUGACAGCGAAACUCUGCGAAGUUGAGCUUCCCCCUCCCCCUUCCAUAGGCUCCACUGAAUGGUCCUGAGAUUUGACAAUCCAUCAAGCCAUUUGUUUUAAAAAAAAUACUCCUUUUGGUGGCCAGCCAAAUGGAAGACAGUGACCAGUACAGUUCUGGACACGUAGCCUAACCACUUCUGUUGUGCCUGAUUGAAAUGUCAACACUCAUCCCCUUUUAGUCUUCCUUUCCAAGUUCUAUGAAAAAUUAGAGAUAAUUUAGCCUACUCUAACUAGGUUUCUUCAAACCACUUUUAAAAAUAAGCCAGGCAUGGUGGUGCAAACCUGUGGCCCCAGCUAC